AUGGCUGCCAUCAACAAGAUUGCCACCAACUCGCCCUCUCGGCAGAACCCCUCCGAGCUGGAGACCGCCGUCGCCGGUGCUCUGUUCGACCUCGAGAGCAACACUCAGGACCUGAAGGCCUCCCUUCGCCCCCUGCAGUUCGUCUCUGCCCGUGAGGUCGAGGUCGGCCACGGCAAGAAGGCUAUCGUUGUCUUCGUCCCCGUCCCUCUCCUGCAGGGCUUCCACAAGAUCCAGCAGCGCCUCACCCGCGAGCUGGAGAAGAAGUUCUCUGACCGCCACGUCCUCUUCGUUGCUCAGCGCCGCAUUCUGUCCCGCCCCAAGCGCUCCGUCAACUCCCGCACCAACCAGACCCAGAAGCGCCCCCGUUCCCGCACUCUGACCGCUGUCCACGACAACAUCCUCGCUGACCUGGUCUACCCCGUUGAGAUUGUCGGCAAGCGCAUCCGCACCAAGGAGGACGGCAGCAAGACCCUGAAGGUUGUCCUGGACGAGAAGGAGAAGGGCGGUGUCGACCACCGUCUCGAUGCCUACGGCGAGGUCUACCGUCGGUUGACCGGCCGUGCUGUCGUGUUCGAGUUCCCCCAGAGCGGCGCCGAGUACUAA